AUGGUCGACGACAUUCUUUCCACGGUCCUCUCCUACGCCGGCUGGGCAUUUCUCCCAAGAAACAUCUACUACCGCAUCACCAUUCGCGCCGGCGACCCUCAUCCCUCCCCCUCCAGCCCCCGCUACGCCCGCCACUACCGAAGAAUCUACAUCGCCGUCAUAGCCUCCUACCUCCUCUACACCCUUUACGAAACAUACCACAAACUCCGCGUAGAGGGCGACUUCUACCAACUGCUAGGGGUGCUCCCGACAUCGAACGAUCGCACUAUCAAAUCACGCUUCCGUCGCUUAGCCGCCCUGCACCACCCGGACAAGCGCCAAAGCCAGCAGUACAUUCUCAACAGCGAUGGUGACGGCUAUGAAUCGCCCGACGCGCUCUUUGUGCAGUUGAGGCUGGCGCAGGACACGCUGCUGGAUCCCGUCAAGCGAUUUGCGUACGAUCGGUUUGGGCAGGCGGUGGUGGAAGGGUCGAAGGCGAAGACGAUGGGCGAGUUUCUGUUUGCGGGAUUGCGGGUGCUGUUGCCCCAAUACAUAGGCGGGUUUAUCGUGAUGGUGCUGAUGAAUCUGUUCUGGCUCUCUGCUUGGGGUCGAUAUUGGCGCUUCUACAUCUCCUUCGCUCUCCUCGCCCUCGAACUAGCUCUCCUCACCCAUCACAACGGCACUUUCAUUCCAGCCUCCCACUUCCCUACCUGGCUCUCCACCCUCCUCCACCUCGACGCCUUCUACCUCCUCCCCUUCCAAAGCCUCAUCCUAGCCCGCAACGCCUCCAUGACGCUAAACAUUUUCAUCUCCCAUCUGACACCACCAGACUCUUCCUCUUCAUCAUCCUCGUCAAGGUCAGCGUCAGCCGGAAAUGGCGGCUUAAACCCCCCGACUCAGGCGCAGCUUACACAGCUGGUGAAUCUAGCGCGGGCGAAUGAGGCUGAGGCGACGAGGCUGUUGCAACUGGGGCUGGUGCCGUUCAAAGGGGAUGAGGAGAGUGCGGGGAAGUUGCGGAGGGGGAUGAAGGAAGUGUUGGUAUUGGGGUCUGUAAGGGAUGCGCCAGAGGUUAAGGAGGCGGUGAGGAUGGUCAUGGAGAGGAGGGGUGGGGUCGGGAGUUGA